UAGCCCAGGGAGGUGGUCUGCGGAGGCCUUCCCGGCAGGCCCCGCCCCACGUCUGUCUGGCCCUGGGCAGGUUGGGCGACCUAGCCCUUGUCCCGCACAAUGUCCUGCCAGGGCUAGGCAUCUGUGCCCAGGAACACCUGCGGGCCCCCAGCCCUUCUGCGGCAAGUGCCGGUCUGCUCUGCUGGUCUGUCCCAGCCACCUUCCUGGUCGGCCUUCAGACCAGCAUCUCCCUGCAGACCCCGCCCCCUCCGGCUGCCAGCAGCGCCCAGCCCCCACCCACCACCCCACAGUUGCCAUGAGAACCAGGCACACGGUGGGAGGGUGGGGGUGGUAGCCAGGCCUCCCCUCUCGGUCCAGAAGGCCUCCCCCUUCCCCAAUUCCUGUGCCUAGACGAAACCAUGGCACUGGGCUGGAGGCCAGGCACCAAGCUGACACCUUAGGGACUUGCUUUAGCCCACAGCCUACGAGACCUACUGCCCGUGUGGAGCCCACUAAACAUGGGGAAUCAGGCUGACACGAAAUGAACUUGCCCAGGGCCCUGGAUCUAAUGGACCCACGACAGGACAGGUCCUGCCCUUUGGAGCCAAGGGCAUCCGUGACUCAACCCUCUGCCAAGUCAGACUGUGCCCUGGCUCAGCAUCUUGUUUGGGAGGGGCUGAGAGGCCUAGGGGAUGGGUGUCACUGUGUGGUUUGUAAGUGGACCACGUGCAGACCAGCCCAGGGCAGCGACAGCCCUCCACUCAUCUAGACCCUGACCCCCAGGGAGCCCAGGAGAGUCUGAGCAUCCUGGGAACAGGAGGCCGCAGGCCUCACUCAGCCGUGCCCAUCUGGCCCCAGGUACCUGCAGAAUUUGGCACCUCCGGCCCGGCAGAGCAGAGGCCAGCGGGGCUGGGAGCAGCCCAUCUGCUCCUGCAAGGGCUCAGCGGAGCGCCAACACACAGCUGGUGGGCCACACGGGUCCCAGGCCCACCGCACGGCCCCUUUAAGUGCAGCCCAGCCGGCCGCCACCGGAGGCAGCACUGAGCGGCCGGCGGCCUCCGCGCCGCUGCCUCGAAGCUUCUGCCGCUGCCGGGGACGCCGCCGAGCGCCAAGAGGGGAAGGCGGAGCGGGCGCAGGCCUGCGCAGCCCACCGGGCGCGCACGGUGGGGAAGCAGCGCCCAGGUGCUUCUGACGCCGGCAUGGAGCAAGCGCCUGUGGCCUCAGCCAAGGCCCGCAGCCAGGACUGCUACGUCCACGGCGUCCCAGGGCAAAAGCCCCCCAAGGCAGAGUAAACUGCAACCGCCAGCCUGGGGACCUCUUUUAAGAUGACCCGCACGGACCCGCCGGACCUGUUGGUGUCGACCGUGUACCAGGACAUCAAGGUGGCGGCCCCCGGGCCCGCGUCGCGGCGCCCGCCAUGUGAGCGCUCCGUGGCCCCGCCUGCUGCACCCGCGCCUUUCAACAAGCGUCACUGCCGCAGCUUCGACUUCCUGGAGGCGCUGGACGGGGCGGCCAUGGAGGCCCGCACAGAGCCGCCGCCCCCGGAGCCUGCCGCGCCGCGCGCCCGGCCCCGCGACGGCGAGCCCCGGCGCCGCGCCCGCUCCAAGAGUGCGCCCCGCGCGCCCCCGGGCCUGGCGCCCGCGCCCGCCUCGCCGCCAGUGCUGCCGCGCCGCGGCCGGGAAGCCCAGCGGCCAGCGCGGGCCGAGGCAUCGCCGCACCGGGAGCCUGCGUACCCCGCGCUGCGCGCGCUCGCCAAUGAGCUGCACCCCAUCAAGCUACAGCCGCAACGGGGCGGCCCUGGCCGCAUCGCGCCCCUCUGCGCCACCGCCGGCCGCUGCGCGCCCCCCGAGCCACCCGCCGGGCCUGCACCCCACGUCCGCUGCCGCCUGGACAUCAAGCCCGACGACGCGGUGUUGCAGCACACCGCCCGGAGCUCACGGUCCUGCGGGCCCGCGGAGACCACGCCCUGGGCACGCGCCGCCCCCCACUUCCACGGCCUCACAGUGCCCGGGCCUCGCCACAUGGCGCUGUCGCGCACCCCCACCCCCAGUGACACGUACUGUGCGGACCCCCGGGCGCUGUACUGUGAUGGUCCGCUGCCUGGGCCCCGGGACUAUACAGAGCGCCGAAAUCUGCCCUUCACCACGCCGCCAGGCCCCACCCAAUUCUUCUACACAGAGGAACCCGAGGGCCACCCUGGCGGCUUUCCGGCCAGCCCUGGGCCGCCCUUCGACAGCUACUAUGCCAGGCCCUUCCCGUCCGAGGAGCCCCCUGUACCCAGUCCAAGGCGCAGCAGCGGCUACUAUGCGGGGGAAGUGCGCACCUUCCCAGUCCAGGAACCUCCCUCCCGUUCCUACUAUGUGGAGGCCGCUCGAGCCUACGGACCACCCUGCGGCCCGCGCUAUGCUCCCGAGGAACCCCGGGCUCAUCCCCCUCUCCGCCCCUUUUACACCGAGGACUUCGGGCGGUACCGCGAUCGCGAUGCCCUGGCUCGGACUUACCCACACCCACGCGGCAGCCCCGCUUGGGGUGACUGGGGCCUGCGGCCUUACCGCACCUUGCAGGUGGUGCCUCCUCCGGACCCUGGCCCAUUGCUCGCCUCUUGGCACGCGGGCACCGGCACCAGCCCGCCCCGGCUGGCCACUGACAGCCGCCACUACUCUCGCUCCUGGGACAACAUCCUGGCGCCUGGGCCGCGCCGGGAGGACCCCCUGGGCCGCGGUCGCAGCUACGAGAACCUGCUGGGGCGCGAGGCACGGGAGCCGCGGGGGACAUCCCCCGAAGGCCGGCGUCCACCCGUCGUGGUGAACCUGUCCACCUCACCUAGACGCUAUGCGGCGCUGUCUCUGUCAGAGACGUCACUGUCAGAGAAGGGCCGCGGGGGCGAGGGCCUGGGCCGCAACUGGUAUGUCACACCUGAGAUCACCAUCACCGACAACGACCUGCGCGCCGCAGAGCGUCCGACUGCCAGGGGCUGGGAGCUGCCAGGGGGGCGACCCCGGCGGUCUCCGCCCGCCGCCCCCGAAGGCCCCACUGGUGGCCGCCAGCGCAGCCUCGAGCAACUGGACGAACUCAUCACCGACCUGGUCAUCGACUCUCGGCCCCCGGCCGGCCAAGCCCCGGAGCCCGUGGCCGAUGGCCUGGGCCGCCAGCUGCGUCGCCUGCUGGACUCUCGGCCCGCGGGCCCCGGGGCACCCGCGCUGGCGCCGCGCUCGCCACCUGCGUCGGCCGGCAGCACCGAAGAGCCCGCGGGCCCGGGGCAGGCGACCGACGGGUCCCCGGAGCCCAGCGCCGACGAGGACGACCUGAUGACAUGCUCCAACGCGCGCUGCCGGCGCACCGAGACCAUGUUCAAUGCCUGCCUCUACUUCAAGUCCUGCCACAGCUGCUACACCUACUACUGCUCGCGCCUGUGCCGCCGCGAAGACUGGGACGCGCACAAGGCGCGCUGCGUGUACGGCCGCGUGGGCAGCGUGUGCCGCCACGUGCUGCAGUUCUGCCGGGACAGCGGCCCGGUGCACCGCGCCUUCUCGCGCAUCGCACGUGUCGGCUUCUUGUCGCGCGGUCGCGGCGUGCUCUUCCUGGGCUUCCCGAGUCCGGGCUCUGCAGACAACUUCCUGCGCUUCGGCCUCGAGGGCUUGCUGCUGUCGCCCACCUACCUGUCUCUGCGCGAGCUGGCCACGCACGCGGCGCCCCUGGGCAGCUAUGCGCGCGAGCUGGCGGCCGCCGGGCGCCUCUACGAGCCGGCCGAGUGCUUCUUGCUCAGUGUGUCGGUGGCCGUGGGCCCCGGCGCCGCGCCCCCCGGCGCCUCCGCCCGGCCUGCGCCCGCGCCGCGCAGUCCUGGGCCCACGGUACGCAAGUUCGCCAAGGUGGCGCUGGCGGCCGGCAGCCCGGCGCGUCCGCCCCCGGCUCGGGGUCGCGAGCCCGACAUGGAGACGCUGAUCCUGACUCCGCCGCCCGGCACGGCGGGCCUGGACCAAGAGGGCGAAGCAGGCCGGCGCGCGCGCGAGGUGGCCUUCAUCCACAUCCAGCGUGAGCUGCGGCUGCGCGGCGUCUUCCUGCGCCACGAGUACCCGCGCGUCUACGAACAACUCUGCGAGUUCGUCGAGGCCAACAGGCGUUUCACGCCCACCACCAUCUACCCCACGGACCGGCGCACGGGCCGCCCUUUCAUGUGUAUGAUCAUGGCUGCCUCCGAGCCACGCGCGCUGGACUGGGUGGCCAGCGCCAACCUGCUGGACGACAUCAUGUGAGCCGCCGGGUGGCGCCUGGGCUCCGCCCAGCCCGCUCAGGGCCCGCCCACUCCGACCCCGCCCAGUCCACGUAGGGCCCACCCCCGAGCUGCGCCCAGUCCAUCCAAAGCCCACUCCGAGCCCACACAGCCCUCUCAGGGCCCGCGCCGUCCACCUAGGGCCUGCCCCCGAGCUCUGCCUGCCUACUCAGACCCCGCCCAGCCCACCGGGAGCCCCGCCCAGCCCCUCAGGCCCGGCCGUGCUCCCCCCAGUCUUCCACCGGUUCGCCACGAGCUCCGCCCAGACCCUGCCCUUUGGAGUCAGCAGUCCCCGCCUUUCCCUCCCCCUCUCCCUCCCCCCAGCUAGCCCUGGGGCCUCCCCGGAGGCCGGUCCUCGGGCCCCUUGGUGCUCCCCGCUGGGAGGCGGGGUGGGCCUGAGGACCGCCCGGCCCUGCCUUCAAGAGGACGGGUCACUACUGCAGACCCCACCGCAAAGAUCCGGUCAGCCCAUUUCCUGACGUCCACAAGGCCUCCCUGGAACCUCCCCAACCCUGGUUUGUCCCGAUCCAGGAGCCCGCUUGACCAAAGCCUAGUCCCGUCCCUUUAACAUGCCCCCACCCCUUUCCUGUGGUUUGGGGUGCGUCCUGCUCCGAGGCCGGUCCUCUCUGAAGGACACUGACUAGUCCCGGUGUGUUCGUGUCCCGAGCAGACAAGGCUGGUGGGGGCCCUGCACGGCCCGUUUCCGCUGGCUCAAGCCCCGGCUAGAAAGCACAGCUGGACCCCGAGCCCGCACAUUGGCGGCGCUCUCCGUCCUCCGGCCGCCCUGACAUGGGCCCUGCAGGAGGGUCUGGGGGAAGCAGCAAUGGAGGGGUACUCGGGGGUCUUCAACCGUGGCUCAAGACACCCAGACAGAGGAGGGGGUACCUGGGAGGGGAAAAGAGGGCGUGGGUGUGGACGCGCUGGCAGGAUCCAGCCCAGAGCUGAGUCCGGGCAGGGCGUGAGUCAGGCUGUCUGCCCAACACCGACGGGAGGCCCCUAGGUGGGUGCCGGGGUAGUGGGAGGAGGGAAGAAGAUGCAUGGGGUGGAGGAACGGGAGGGAACGUAGAGGCGGUCCAGAAGGGACUCCUACCCGCUAACGUAGUGGCGGACAAAAAAGAUUGGACGUUCCCAGCUGGGAGCGGGUGCCGGAGCGAGCUAGCUGACCAGGGCGGGCUCUCCUGGAGGGGUGGGGGUAUGACUACACGGAUGGCCUCGCGUGCUUGCUCUGGCCUGGCCCCAUGCUGUGCGCUGGAGACAGGAGGCUGGCGGCCAGGCUCCGGUCCCGGGAGCGCACAUUCAUCGGUCCACGGCCCUCGCUCGCUAAGAGCGAGUGACCCUGAGAGGGAACUAGGCCGGGCCUCGCAAGUGCCCUCCUGGAGCUGCCAGCACUCCCCAUCGCGGCCAGGACAGGACAUCCUCCACACCUCUAUUCGCGGCUCUCGCCCCAGCCCCGUGCACUCCCGCCCAUCCCCCCAACGCCUGCGCGCCCGCCUUGGCCUAGCGCGUUUGCACCUGCCACGCGCCCCGCUCACCCCACCCGCCUUCCUUCGCGGCUUCCCAAGUCCGGCCGCCCCGUCCCCUGCCCCCCCCCGGGGGGGCCUCAGCUUUCCGCCCAACGCCCGAGGGCUGGCUGGCCAGGAAUUACCCUGGACCAGGAUUAUUUCCAGGGGGCGAACGCUUUCCAACCAAGUAAAACAGAACUCAAAUGUAGACAUU